AUGAUCGUUUGCGUUAUUUAUAGACCACCUGACUGCCCAGUUACAUGUACACGGGAUGAACUUAAACCUAAAUUCAUUGAGGCUUUGUUACUAGGAAAGGAGAUCAUUAUUUUGGGCGAUAUGAAUUGCAAUCUCCUUAAAACAUCUUGUUAUGAGUCUAAAAUAUUAUUAGAUACUUGCUCCGAACUACACCUGACACAACUUAUUAAAGAUCCAACGACAAUUGCAUCUCAAACAAGUUCAUUACUUGACGUUAUUAUGAUUUCGUCCUCCUCUAAAGUUAAAAGUAGCGAGGUUGUUGACAUUGGUAUUAGCGACCAUUCUAUGAUAUACUGUACACUUAAACUUAGAGCUGAUAAGCCUCGACUUGAAUACAAGGAUGUGAGGAGUUUUAAGAACUACAACUCCGAGAGUUUCAAGGCAGAAUUGUCUCAACUUCCGUUUCAUGAAACCUAUCGUAUUAAUGAUGUAAAUGAGAAAAUUGAUCAUUUCAAUCAAUUGUUCAUAAAUACUCUGGACAAACACGCGCCUAUCAAACACAUCAGAAUUAAAGGCAGACUUAACCAGUUUAUUAAUAAAGAAUUAAAGUGCACGAUGAAACUGAGAGACAAAAAGCUGAGAAUUUUUCGCCUCUCACGUAACGCGGAAGAUUGGGAUGUCUAUAGGCAACUUAGGAAUUCUAUAAAAACAUCUUUAAGAGCAGCAGAGUCCAACUUUGUCUGGAAUCAAAUUGAGGAAUAUGAAGGUAAUUCAAGAUCUAUGUGGAAAGUGAUUAGGGGGUGUCUACCGAGCAAAGAUACAGAAAAACCCGUUUACCAGAAAGACCACAAAAAAUUAGACAAUGAAUUUAAUGAAUAUAUAUUUUGCUUCUGUGGGGAGAUUGCAGCCGACAAGGUCAAGAGACUUGCGGAAGUUAACAACAUUCAGAUAGCAACUGCUUUACCACCUGCAAGACACCGAUCUUCUCUUGAUCUGUUUGAAUUUAGAUCAGUCACACCUGAUGAAGUUAGAACAAUUAUUUUAAAUAGUCCAUCAAUCAAAGCUCCAGGUGCCGAUAAGAUAAAUAUUCAAUUCAUUAAAGAUUCACUUGAAGUGAUUUUAGAUCAUGUUACGGAUAUUAUCAACUGUUCCUUGAUGACGUCAACAUAUCCUUCAAUGUGGAAGAUAGCAGAAGUGGUACCGCUACACAAGGAAGGGGAUCCUGAAAUCGCUUCAAAUAAUCGACCGAUUUCACUGCUGUCAUGUUUGUCAAAAAUAUGCGACAAAGUCGCACUGAAUCAGCAUACAGAACAUCUAACAAACCACAGAUUAUUGACGGAACAUCAAAGUGGUAACCAGAAAAAAUUUCUACCGAAACACUUAACAUUGCAGUGA